AUGGCGCUUACAGUCACCACAGAGAAUACCAGUAUGGCCAGCAUUCACCUGGCGGCGGUGAAUGCAGUGAACACGGGGCUGCAUUACAUCCUGCAACACCUCGACCGCCCGGGAACUUAUCCCAGGGUCCUGUUUGUGGACUUUAGUUUGGCUUUUAACACCAUCGUGACUGAACUUCUCUCCUCCAAACUCUCCCAGCUCAGCGUUCCACCAGCUAUCUGUCAGUGGAUCACCAGCUUCCUGACAGACAGGAAGCAGCAAGUGAGGCUGGGGGACAUUGCCUCUGAAACUCGGUCCCUCAGUACUGGUGCCCCUCAAGGAUGUGUCCUCUCACCACUAUUGUUCUCCCUCUACACUAAUGACUGCAUCUCCAAGAACUCGGCUGUUAAACUCCUUAAGUUUGCAGAUGACACAACCGGACUCAUCAAGGAUGGUGAGGAGUCUGCAUACCGGCAGGAAGUUGAGCGGCUGGUACUCUGGUGCAGUCAGCACAAUCUAGAGCUGAACGUGCUUAAGACUGUAGAGAUGACAAUGGACUUCAGGAGGCACCCCUCAACACUGCUUCCCCUCACCAUAUCAGACAGUCCUGUGUCGACUGUGGAGAUCUUCAAGUUCCUGGGGACCACCAUCUCCCAGGACCUGAAGUGGGAGACCAACAUCAUCUCCAUCCUCAAAAAGACCCAGCAGAGGAUGUACUUCCUGAGACAACUGGGGAAGUACAGUCUUCCACAGGAGCUGCUGAUCCAGUUCUACACUGCAGUCAUUGAGUCUGUCCUGUGCUCCUCCACAUUGGCAGUAAUGACACCCGAUUAUGCCAAUUGGAGGUCACUAAAACCAAUACUGAAUCGACCAUACACUCAGAGACCAUACGCAUUUCUUGCAGCAGUUAAAGGGACAAAGACCGUUCUGAUAUCAGCUUAUCUGGAACAUCGCACAGACAAAAAGGAGGUUCGUGUCAUUGCAUUGGUGUUGCGGAGUGAGAAGGUGGCCUAUCGCUGCCUCUUUCGUUGCCAGGAGAAGCAGCUCCUCUCUAAUAGUGUGGCCGACAUCCACACUGAUCACUUUGGUUUUGCCUAUGGGACAGCAGACAUCAUGUGCCCCAUCCCCUCAGGCUGUGAGACACCAUCUUCUAUUGCUGUGACCUCCGCUGUUGCCAACUCUACAGAUGAUCCCAGCCAAGAGUUUUUAGAGGUGAAGAAUCAGCAAGAGAAGACUCAUUCUUUUCCUUACAACUUCACUGUUUGCAUCUCCACCAUGUAUAAUUUUACCAACGUGCUGCAGCUGGUACAGAGUCUUGAGAUGCUGCAGUUACUGGGAGUGAACAGAGUGGUUGUCUAUAAGACCAACUGCAGUCCUGAAACACAACGAAUACUGGACUACUACACACAAAAAGGUUUAUUGGAGGUGAUUCCUUGGUCUCUGUCUAGAUAUUUAAAAGUGUCUCGUUACUGGCAGCCUUCACUUGGUCCCGGUGAACUUCACUACUUUGGUCAGAUUCCCGCUCUCAAUGACUGCCUUUACAGAUACAUGUACCAGUCCAAAUAUGUGGCUCUACAUGAUAUAGAUGAGCUCAUACUGCCCCAGAAAGUCACCAGCUUGGUAGAGUUGUUGCCGCUGCUGGAGAAGAAAUAUGGUGCCAACAAGUGCUACAGGUUUGAGAAUCACGUGUUCCCCAUCAAUUUCAUGUUGCCUCCUCCAGCCUCCCAAACUCUGCCACCACAAGCAGACUGGAAGAAUGUUCCUGGUCUGAACAUCUUGGCUCACCUCUACAAAGAGUCGAUCUUUACGGAGACUCACAGUAACUUCAAGAUCAUUGUCAACCCUCGAGCAGUGUUUUCCACAACUGUUCACGGGGCGCUGAACGCACAGCAUGGCUGGUGCUGGAUUGACAGGAACAUAGCACGGAUGUACCACACAAGAAUUCCCACACAAAAGAACCUGACAAAAGACAAGUUGAUUUAUGAUGGCAGACUGUUGAGCUACAGCGCCCACUUCAUACCAGCUGUGAACAAAGUGCUGAGAGAGACCGGAUUCCUUCCACGCACACACUAG